AUGACAGAUUGGGCAAGGAAGCUAGAUGAUGCUCUAUGGGCAUAUCAGACCACUUUUAAGAUGCCUAAUGGUAUGUCUCCAUAUCAAUUGGUGUUUGGAAAGGCCUGUCAUUUGCCGGUUGAGCUUGAGCAUAGAGCACUCUGGGCGUUGAAGAAGCUAAACCUCAGUUGGAGCGAAACUACAAACUUGAGGUUGGAUCAAAUCAAUGAGAUAGAUGAGUUCCGUCUGAGAGCCUAUGAGAGGUCUGCACUUUAUAAGAAGAGAAUGAAGUUAUAUCAUGACAAACACAUUGAAAAAAGAAGCUUCACUCCCGGUGACUUGGUGUUACUCUUCAACUCCAGACUUCGUCUGUUUCCAGGAAAGCUGAGGUCUAAAUGGUCUGGACCUUUUAAGGUCACACAAGUGUUUCAAUCUAGUGCUAUUGAGCUGGAAAAUGAUAAAGACGAGAGGUUCAAAGCUAAUGGCCAGCGAAUCAAGGCAUACUUGGGUGUUGUUGAGGAUGUGAAGAUUGUAGAGGGAUGCAAACUUGAUGAAGUCUGA